AUGUCUGAAAGAGGAAAAUGGUUGAACACGCUUAACGCUAAGAACGGAGAAGUCCGUGUUUACCACAACCACGCUCUUGUUCUCACAACCUACAAUCCUCUCCUUGUAUCAGGGUAUACCCCACAACACGGAGAUAUACAGUCUCAUCAUUCUUUACCCAAACUCAUGUCCAACCAAAAGGUAUGGAAUACCAUGGAGCAGGAGUCGAACCGUUCUCUCUCUCAAAAAGUUUCACUUUUCGGAGAUAUUCUGGUUAAACAGGAGAAAAUUAAAUCUUUAAAACAGGAGGAGGAGAAGAGAUAUUCUGAACCUAUAGAACAGGAGAAGAGAUAUACUGAACCUAUAGAACAGGAGAAGAGGUGUCCUUUACUUAUGGAACAGGAGAAGAGAUGUACUAAACCUAUAGAACAGGAGAAGAGAUAUACUGAACCUAUAGAACAGGAGAAGAGAUAUACUGUACCUAUAGAACAGGAGAUGAGAUAUACUGAACCUAUAGAACAGGAGAAGAGAUAUAUUGAACCUAUAGAACAGGAGAAGAUAUGUCCUUAA